AUGGCAUCGCGCAAGUUCUACCGCGUACCGGAACCUGAACCACCCCCAUCUACACCACCCCAAACCGCACCCACCAGCACACGCUGCUACCUCGAAGACCUACCCCCCGAGCUCCGCCUCAUGAUCUGGGAAUACUGCACCGCCGACUUCAAGUUACCCGAAGCGAAGAGAAAGAAGAAGCACCUCAGAAGCCACAAAAAUCGAUUCGACUUGAUACACAGCCAGCCAGCACUGCUUCUCACCUGCGACAGUAUCCGUGUGGAGGUCUUAGAAUUCUAUCUCAAGUGGCUGCAGGGGGCAUGUCGGCAACUUCAGUCGGGAAUGGACUUCUUACCGAGUGACUGGAGGGACCGACGCGAUCUUGCUGUGCGUCAGAGGGUUAGGGUUGAGAGGAUUGGGAGGGAGGUUAAGGCGGUGGAGAUGGAGAUUGUGGAGCGAGGAUUGUGA